AUGCGCGUGCUCAUGAAGGAGCAUGGAGCUCGGACGCAUGCUCUGAGGCCGCGCCACCAUGCAGGUGGCGCAAAGCUGGAGUUGCCAGAGGGGGCAUCUCAGAUUGACAGCCCCCUGGAGCGGCUGGAGAAUCACUACUCCAGCCGCGGUGCACCCGGGCCCUACUUUGCCAUGUGCCUCGUGGUGAAGGACCAGGGAGAUGACCUGCGAGAGUGGGUGGACUACCACCGCAGCAUUGGCGCUGAGAAGUUCUACAUCUUCGAUGACAACAGCAGCGUCCCUGCCCUGCUCGAGGUCCAGGAUCUCAUCCAUGCAGGCAUUGUGGUAUAUGAGACUAUAGAGAGCUAUGAUCACCCCUCCGACAAGGUGCAGCUGUGGGUGUAUGACACCUGCAUACAACGCUACGCCGGCCAGCACCAGUGGAUGGCAUUUGUGGACGUCGAUGAGUACUUUGUCAUCACUGACAGCAACAUCACAGCCUUGCCAGACCUGCUGAAGGACUACGAGGACUAUGGGGGCCUGGUGGCAAACUGGCAGAUGUUUGGCUCGUCUGGGCACAUGAGCAGGCCGCCAGGGGGCACGCUAGAGUCCUAUGUGCAGUGCUUUCCAGUCGAUCACAGGGAGAACCGGCACAUCAAGAGUAUCGUCAACCUAGACUAUGCUGAGCGCGCAGACCGCGACCCACACCACUUCCUCUUCAAGGAUGGCAAGCAUUCAGUCAACACAGCUCGUCAGAUGGUUGAUGGCCCCAUGGCAGAGGAUGUUGUGACGGACCGGCUGCUGCUGCACCAUUAUGUGACAAAGUCCCUGGAGCAGUACCUCGCCAAGAUCACCCGCGGCAGCGCGAUGGGCAACCGCAAGAGCAUCGAGUUCUUCGACUUUGUGCAAAAGGAGGCCACAGAGAACUGCACAGCUGCGCUGCACCUGGGCCGGUAG